CUCAUGUAUGCUUCGUUCAUGACAGACUUUGAUUUUAAAGUAACUGAAGUGAGGAGAAAAAAGCCGCUGUAUUUGCUACUGCUAACUAUUUACCUUCAACAUACGAUUCAAGUGAGAAUAUCACGUCAAGAUACUUAAUGAGAAGGCAAAGGAUCUCCCUUCCUGGUGGAAGGGGAAUUAGAAGAAAAAUGUUCAAAGAAACAAAUUAUUCUGAAGAAUACAAACAGAAAAAUUAUGAAACUAAUUCUGCAUUCUUUAGAAGAGGUUCAAAGUACCGAGGCAUCUCCAACUCAAAUUUGGAACAACAUGCUGAAUGCAGUCAUACUCAGUUUUCUACUAAUAAAGGAAAAGAUUACGAUGAUCUUCACGAUGAUCUUCGAGUAAUUCUGAAUCAAAGGAAAGGUCUUGGAAUGACUUCAGCAACUGCCACAACAAACAUGGAUGUAUCUCCGUCUGUUGCAGUUCCAGCUGAAACAAAUAUGGAUGUAUCUGCGUCUGUUGCAGUUCCAGCUGAAACAAAUAAUAUAGAUGCACACGUACACUGUGUCAAUGAAAUGUCUCCAGAAAGAUUUUUGCGUCUCACAUCUCAGAGAAUGGAUACCUUGGAGGUCACAGAGAAAGAUUUUAAUUUGCUGGCAGGUAUUGCUUAUAAGGCUACUGUAUUGUCUAUGCGUAUCAAAGAAAAAAAGACUGAAGAAGAUUUGAAAAGAGAUGUGAAUGCACCUACAUUCAUCCCUGGUCUCACAUUAGUUGAACAAUCCUAUGGAUCUCCUUCUGAAGCUAAAUCAGAGUUCCUACAAGAUGCUGAAGAUAUGUAUCAAGAUAAAAACAGUGCACCAUCCAUUGAACGAUCAAAUGCAUCUACAGUAUAUAAAGAGUUGGUAGAAGAAGCUAGAUAUAGACUAUGUAAUAAAAGAUCUUCAACAUCAGUUGCAACACCAAGUAAAGAACCACUUAGUGCUGCAAAGAUGAUUUCGGGUGUAAAAAAAAUAUUAAAAAAACUAAAAAAUAACAACGAUAAUAAAAAAAUUGCACUAGUAAAUCUACCUCCAUCGGAAAUUCAUAAAAUCAGCCCUGCGGAGCAGCGAAAGUUAAUUGAUGAAGCAAAUAAAUCAAUAAGAGAAUUUAUUGACUAUCUAGAAGCUUGUAAAACAUAUGAACUAUCACCAGUACAUAGCAAAUUAUGUAGUGAAAGCCCUUCAACAUCAAUUGCAAUACCAGUUAAAGAACCACUUAAUUCUGCAAAGAUAAUUUCAGAAGCGGAAAAGUUAGUGAAAAAACUAAUAGAGAUUAACGAAGCGAAUAUAAAAUUUACAGAAUUAUUUAUACCUCCAACUCAAAUUUGUGAAUUCCGCACUGCGAAGCAGACAAGGUUAAAUGGUCAGGCAACUAAAUUUAUAAAAGAAUUUAUUGAGUAUUUAGAAGUUUGUAAAAGAUCUGAACUAUCACCAGUAUGUAGAGAAAGAAGAAUUUACUCACCAUAUGCUGAAGGAUCUGCAUUUACAGAAGAAGUAAAAACGAAAAAGGUAGAAGAGGCAUUAGGAAAAUUUAUAGAGCCCAAAGAAGAUGAUAAAGGAAUUCCACGAUCAGUGGAACAUGCAUCUAUUUCUACAUUGGGGACAUUCUUAGAAACUACAAAUAAUUCAUGUUAUAAAAGUCCUGCAACAUCAGGUGAACAGUCACAUGCAUCUGUUCCUACAGUAGGCAGAAAGUUUCUACCAGAAAUUAGAAAACAUAAACCGGUGUAUGAAACACCUGCACCAAAAUGUGCAUGUCCAUCCAAGGAUUUUCACUAUGUGGACUGUAGUUUGCGACAUACUACUUUAAAUAAGUUUUAAACUUUUAUAAUCAUCUUUUUGUAUAAAAUUAAUACAAAAAAUAAAUUUCUAGCAAACACCAAUAUUGAAAUUAUUAUUUCAUCUUUUAACUAUUCAUUGCAUUUUGUAAUAAUAAUAAAAUUUUGUAAUAAUUUUGUAA